AUGAAUAGAGAUAAGAGGGAACCUGAGUAUCCCGCAGAACUCGAAUCUCAGUUCGUAAUGAGACUUCCUGAAGAACCUGCCAAGCUGCUAAGAGAAAUUCUCAAAUCUGGUGAAAAUCUGAAAAAUCGUCUUACAAUACAAAUCGAAAAUGAUAUGCGACAGGGUGAAGUACGUUUCGACCAUUGGUUGAUGCAUGCUAAAAUAGUAGACCUUCCUACUAUAAUAGAAUCUAUGAAGACAAUUGACAAUAAAAGUUUUUAUAAAACAGCUGAUAUUUGCCAAAUGAUGAUAUGCAAAGAAGAACCAGACCAACCAUCUAAUGAAGAGGAAUCACCUGUGAAAAAUAAGAAGAAAGAUCCAUACAAAGUUGAUAAAAAGUUUCUAUUUCCUCAUGGCAUUACACCUCCUACAAAAAAUGUCCGUAAACGCCGCUUUAGGAAAACACUAAGAAAAAAGUUUGUGGAAGCACCAGAAAUAGAAAAAGAAGUCAAGCGUUUACUAAGAGCUGAUAAUGAAGCUGUUAGCUUCACAUGGGAAGUAAUAAAAGAAGAGGAUGAGCAACACCCUAAACCUGAUAAGAACAUACCUGUGAAACCUGAUAAAAAGAUUAAAGUUGACAGUAAGAGAGAGACACCAUCAGAAAGAUCAAAUGUUGUUGAUAUAUUUGGAGGGGCUGUAAGCGACAGUGAUUUAGAAGAAGAAAAUUUAAAUGUGGAGAUGGAUGACAGUCAUCUUUCUGCUUAUGAUAGUCGACUUUCUGAUACAAACUCAAUGCAUGGAAUGAUUGGCUUUAACACUAAAAGAGAAUCUCUUCCAAUAGAAUUUAAUUCCGGUAUGUUUCAAUCUCGUAAAAUGUCUGCCAGUCACACAGUUACAAGUGGAACGACAGGACAUUCAAAGAGUGGUGGCUUUUCUUCGGAAGAAGAACUCGACUAUCAGACUCAUGAUAUCCCUAAAGACAACAUGACAUUAAGAAUAGAGCAACUGAGAGCAGAAUUAGAAGAACUGAAACAGAGGAGACAGAAAACUCAGCAUGAAAUUUCUGGUAUGGAAAAUUUGGCCUUGAGACAAAGAUUCCAAGAUAAUUUGCAUACAUUAAAUCAAGACAUAUUGUACAAGGAAAUGGAAUAUCAAGGUUUACUUACACUACAAAAUUCAGAAGACAUUUAA